UAAGUUCACUGUUAUUACCAAUGAAACUGUUAAGUGGUCUCGUCUUAUUACUCGUGGCAGUCGUAAUCUCUGCCGAAAAAAUGAGAUUCGACCAUCACAAAGUCUACAAAUUGAAUGUUCAAAAUAAGGACCAAAUGAAUGUUCUACGACAACUUGAAGAAACACCGAACGGCGAUUACAAAUUCUGGAAUUCACCAACAGCCGGUCAAUCCGUUGAAGUAGUUGUGCCUCCACAAAAACUGUAUGAAUUCCAUGGUAUAAUGAACAGUUUCAAUAUUAACCACGAACUGCAGAUAGAUAAUCUUCAAACUUUAAUCGAUGCUGAAAGUCCAGUAGUACAACCCAGUGCUUUUGGCUGGACGGCCUACAAUAAUUACACGGAGAUAUACAAUUGGUUGGAUGAAUUGUUGGUAGCGUAUCCAGACGUUUUGUCAGACUAUGUAAUUGGUUACACCUACGAAGGUCGACCGAUUCGUGGUGUUAAAAUAUCUCAUAAUGAGGACAAUCCAACCAUAUUCAUCGAAUCGAAUAUACAUGCUAGAGAAUGGAUUACAUCGGCAACAGCGACUUGGUUUAUCAACGAACUUUUGACCUCGACCGAACCGGAAAUGCAGGACCUUGCACAAAAUGUAACUUGGUACAUCAUUCCAGUGUUUAACAUAGAUGGGUUCCAUUACACACAUACAACAAAUCGAUUGUGGCGCAAAACUCGCCAGAAUCACGCCACUAUUUGUUUCGGAACCGAUGCCAAUCGAAAUUUCGAUUUUCAAUGGCUGGUAAACAACGGUGCAUCAUCCAAUCCCUGCUCAGAAACCUUUGCCGGUCCAACACCAUUUUCUGAGCCAGAAACGAUUGCUCUAUAUGAAUUCCUCGAACCAAUAGCCAGUAGAAUCAACAUGUAUUUAUCAUUCCAUUCACAAGGCCAAUAUGUCCUGUUUCCCUAUGGUCAUACUUAUGAGCCGUCCAAUUACCACGACCUGUUGACUGAAGUUGGAAAUGCUGGAGGCGCAGGAUUUGCUAACCGCAAUGGGACCAUUUAUAGAGUCGGUCCAACAUCAACCACCUUAUAUAUUGCAUCGGGAACAAGUGUCGACUGGGCAUUCGACAAAUACGACAUUCCGCUAGCCUAUACAUUUGAGUUUAUUGGAUUGGGUUACGGUUUUGUUUUACCGCCUGAACAUAUUCUUCGCAAUUGCUACGAAACCAGAGACGCUAUUGUUGCUAUGGUCGCAAAAGCCCGUGAAUUGGAUUACAUGAAUGUUAAAACAUAGAAUCAAAAUUCUGAAAAUGUAAAGUUUUAUUUGGUCUUCCAUUCAAAUGAUUAAAUGGAAAUGUGAAGUACGAUCUUUCGU